GAGUUUUCAGCCAACACAUUGAGCUCUUCCCUAAGGGGUUUUAGGGUUAGAGAGUGUGACAAGUUGCAAGCAACAAACAAGCUCAUUUUCUUUUUUUCCUUUGCUAGUGUUGAUUAAUUCACACAGUGAAGUGAUCACUAGCUUGUUGUUUUGUGAAGUUUGCAAGCAUCUUGCACAUCUCAGCUCUCUCUCUCUCUCCCCUACACUUUAGCACACAAUGGCUGGCCUCUCACUGCAGCAUCCCUGGGCAUUUGCUUUCGGCCUCCUUGGCAAUCUCAUCUCCUUCACCACCUACCUGGCCCCAAUACCGACGUUCUACCGGAUCUACAAGAGCAAGUCCACGGAGGGGUUCCAGUCGGUGCCCUACGUGGUGGCGCUGUUCAGCGCGAUGCUGUGGAUCUUCUACGCGCUGAUCAAAUCCAACGAGGCGCUGCUCAUCACCAUCAACGCUGCGGGUUGUGUCAUCGAGACCAUCUACAUCGUCAUCUACCUCGCCUACGCCUCCAAGAAGGCCAAGGUGUUCACGACGAAGAUCCUGCUGGGGCUGAACGUGGGCGUGUUCGGGGUGAUCCUGCUGCUGACGCUGCUGCUGUCCAAGGGCGAGAACCGGGUCGUCUCCCUCGGCUGGGUCUGCGUCGCCUUCUCCGUCAGCGUCUUCGUCGCGCCGCUCAGCAUCAUCAGGCGUGUUGUCCAGACGAGGAGCGUCGAGUACAUGCCCUUCUCGCUCUCCCUCACGCUCACCCUCAGCGCCAUCGUCUGGUUCCUCUACGGCCUCCUCAUCAAGGACAAAUACGUCGCGCUUCCCAACGUGCUGGGCUUCACGUUCGGGGUGGUCCAGAUGGGGCUCUACGUCUUCUACAUGAACGCCACGCCCGUGGCCGGCGAGGGGAAGGAAGGCAAGCUGGCGGCGGAGGAGCCGCAGGUCGUCGUCAACGUCGGCAAGCUCACCGCCACGCCCGACAGGAGCUCCGGGGUGCACCCGCUCACCGAGAUGGCCACCGCCGCCGCCGCCGCCGCCGCCGGCGCGGCGGUGCCAAGGACGACCUGUGCCGCGGCGGCGAUGGACCAAUACAGCAAAACUGUUUCAAGGUUCAUCCAAGGUACAUUAGGUGAGAGAAGGAAGCGUUGA